AUGUUUUCCAGAGUUGAUAAUUCAGAAGAUCCAGUGUAUGAGAGUUUAGAAGAAUUCCACGUUUUUGUCUUAGCACAUAUAUUGAGAAGACCAAUUGUUGUUGUAGCAGACACCAUGUUAAGAGACUCAGGCGGAGAAGCAUUUGCACCUAUCCCAUUUGGAGGAAUUUACUUGCCACUGGAAGUUCCACCUAAUCGAUGUCACUGCUCACCUCUUGUCCUGGCUUACGAUCAAGCGCAUUUCUCUGCUCUUGUAUCUAUGGAACAAAAAGAUCAACAGAGAGAACAAGCGGUGAUCCCUCUGACUGACUCUGAACACAAGUUACUGCCUUUGCACUUUGCAGUUGAUCCUGGGAAAAACUGGGAGUGGGGAAAAGAUGACAAUGAUAACACCAGACUGGCCAGCUUGAUUCUGUCUCUGGAGGCAAAGCUUAAUCUCCUGCACAGCUACAUGAAUGUAACUUGGAUACGCAUACCAUCUGAAACACGGGCCCCUUUGGCCCAGCCAGAAUCACCCACCGCUUCAGCAGGAGAGGAUGUUCAGUCUCUGGCCGACUCAGUGGACUCAGACCGAGAUUCCAUCUGUAGUAAUUCAAAUGGCAGCAAUGGCAAAAAUGGUAAAGAAAAGGAAAAAGACAAGCAGAGGAAAGAUAAAGACAAAAACAGGACGGAUUCAGUUGCCAAUAAACUCGGAAGCCUCAGUAAAACUCUAGGAAUUAAGCUGAAAAAGAAUAUGGGUGGGCUGGGAGGGCUAGUGCAUGGCAAGAUGAACAGAGCAAACUCAGGGAAUGGGAAAAAUGGCGACAUCACAGAAAAAGUCAAAGAGAAGAAGUCGAAGUCUCGCAAAGGGAGCAAAGAGGAGUCCGGACAGUCUGCAAGCACAUCUCCGUCUGAAAAGACAACUCCCUCUCCUACCGACAAGGCGAGCAUUUCACCUGCCGAAAAGAUAAACACGAAAUCCCUCUCUGACAAACAGUCUGACCCGUGGAAAUACAGCACCGAUGUAAAGCUCAGCCUCAACAUUCUGAGAGCUGCCAUGCAAGGAGAACGCAAGUUUAUUUUUGCUGGCCUCCUUCUGACUAGCCAUAGGCAUCAGUUCCAUGAGGAGAUGAUCAGCUAUUACUUGACCAGUGCCCAAGAGCGCUUCAAUGCCGAGCAGGAACAGAAGCGAAAGGAGGCUGAGAAAAAAGCUGUUCUCAAUGAGUCAUCUUGCAGGAAACUGGAGCAAGAAGCAUAUUCAAAAGAAAAGUUAGAAUCAUCUCCUCAGGACAGGGCAUCACCACUUUUGCCUCAAAGCCAUACAACUCAACUGGUUUUAAAGUUUAAAGAUCGCACUAGUCCCACUCCAGGGUCAUUUUCUUCACCAAGUAAUUGUGCUAAGAAAAGUGGACCCGUUCCAGUAUCUGCCCACUAUAGCCAUACUCCACCUGUUCAAAGGCAAAGCGUUAUUCAUUUGCAUGAUGUCAACUCCAAGCCAUCAAGCUUCCAAGAUGAUAGCUAUAAGCCAGUGGUUGGCACCUUAAAAACAUGUGCCACUUAUCCCCAACAGAAUCGAUCACUGUCUUCACAGAGUUAUAGCCCAGCGCGGAUAUCGGGUAUCCGUACAGUGAACACAGUGGAAUCACUGGCCUACACCAUGCCUACCGAACAGAAGUCACAGACAUUUACAAAUGGGUUUAACACCGGUGAUAUUAGAGAUUGCUUAGAAUAUGCUGAUGAGGAGGCUCCUCAGACCUGGUUGAACAAUGAUAAAAACCGAGGCAGAAGCACAGUUUCCCCAAUAUAUUCCAUCCAGCAGAACCGUUGCAAGAAAGAGAACUGUUCUUUUUAUGGUCGUCCUGAGACUGAAAAUUACUGCUCAUACUGCUACAAAGAAGAGUUAAAGCGUAGGGAGAGAGAAAGUAAGGGACACCGGCAUUGAGGAUUGUGAGGAUCCUUCCCUGACUACUUAGUUUAACCAUUUUCUUACUUGCAAGUAAAUAGCAGUGGAUUAUGGAAAAAGGAACCCUAAAAAGGGAAUGAUGGGUAAAUAAUGUCUAGCUUGUCACUUUUCUGGGGCAGUGCAGAAAUAAGAGGAUUAAUUUAUCAUAAAGAAUUUAUUAUUUUCCAUUUUGUCAGUGUCUUUUUUACAUACACUGGUAAGCUGAAAGGUUGUUUACUCCUUUGUCAGUGCUGUGUAUAUAUUUGGUCAAAAAUGUACUAAUGGUGCCUGAAUUUACACUGACAUCACUCAGGUAGUAGAAUGACAGGGAAAAAGUCAUAAUACUGGAGAUGUGGUAUUGUAAUAGGAUAGUAUCUGCCUCAUAUACAUUUGAAAUUCUAUAGCCAUCAUAGGGGUGAUUUUUUUUCUCAAUAGAAAGUAAAAUUUUCAUAGCCCCUUUUUUAGAAGGGUAGUCAUUUUGCAUACUGCAAAUUUUUAACGUAGUGACAUAUUACAUUACUGUAAACAUUUUGUAUUCAUUUUAGUGCGAAAUGCAGUGUCUCCAGAAAUAUGUGAAUGAAGGUCUGGAUUCAUGAGGACUGUAUCUCCUCAUAAGUGUUGGUGCCUGCGGAUUUUUUCCUCCCAGUUCAGUAAAAAUCUGAACUAGUCAAUCCAUCUGUUAAUUUGUUGUGAAUUGCAAGACAGAUAUUGGACAUUGUUAGAAAUAUACUGUGGCCCUAUUAAUGUAAGAUUUUGCAUGACAUAGAAAUCCCAGCAAAUAAUCUUAGUCACAUGAAUUUCAGCAGCAUUUUUAUGGCUGUGAAGGUGGGGAGAAAUCUAUAAAAACUACCUUAAAGGACUUACAGAACUUGCUCACCAGCCAGAAUUUUUUGCCACAGUCUAGGGCUGGAUGAACUGUUCAGCACAAAUAAUACGUUGCAUGAAUUUAAUUCCCUUAUCCACAAUCUGACUUUUAAUUUGUUGAUUGUCCAAAAUUACUGGAUGAAUGGUUAUUGUGAAAAUAAUUCCAUCUAAGCACUACUUGCAAUCUAUUUGUUGCAACUGUUGUGUUGAGUCUUUUGGACUGAAUGACACAUACACCCCCGCAAAGAGCUUUCAAGAUAUCUGUGCAAACACUUCCAGCAUGAAUACUCAUGCAAAUGCAGAUUUGUGCAAGUCUUCAUAUCCAAAUAUUGACAUAGGUAUUUGUGAUACUUCCUUUCCCCUUUGGGAAUAAAGUGUUGUUCUAAUGGAUGUUUGUGAAAAGCAGAUAGAAGGGGUCACAAAUACCACUAAAAUACAUUUGUGGUUCUUAUUCCAACAAGUUUUCCUGAAUGUUAUUUGCAGUUUUCAUGCCACCAACCCAUGCAAAUAUGGCAAUAAAACAAACUCAGAUUUUUAAUAUUGAUACACUUGUAAACAAUGGCUGGAUUUUCUGUCUGUCUACAUUCAUGAACAAUAGCUCAUUUCCUGCAGGUAGACAGAAAAGCACUUGCCUUCAGGACUUUUUGCUAACUGGUAAUUCUCUGCCAUUCUCAGGAUCAUGAGUCCAGUUUUAUUCAAGUAUUGAACAGCAUUUUUCCUGGGCCACAAGUGGCUCAGGGCCUAUUCUCACCAUACAUACUCAGAUCUUACAUGUGUAUAACUGUUAAUUUGAGUACAGUUGCUCCUACUUAGCAUAGUUGUGAGCUCAGUCAGUCUCUUUGGCCCUGAUUCAGCACAUACUUAAGUCCAUUGAUUUUCAGGAAAGCAUUUAAACAUGAGCCAGAGCCCCCCCUUGAAAUCAGUGGAACUUUGACACCUUCUUAGUGUUAAACACAUAUUUAAAGGGUUUGCUGAAUCAAACCUUUAUUGACAUUUUUAUUAAUGAAUCACCCCCCUAUAAAGAUGAAUUCGUAAAAAUUGAUGGGCAAUACCUAGGUUGUUCUUUCAUGAAUUCAGACCUGUAUUGAACUGAUAUCCAUUUUUUCAUUAAGGGAACAUGUUACGAAGCUGAAUGAGUUAUUAAAGCUCCCUUUAUUGUGUGACUCCCCCUUAUGAAGCCCAGAGUUCAAAAUCAUGUUCUCGGUUUUGUAUGCUGAUACACAAACUCUUUUUUGGUUAGCUGGGGUGAUUGAGUAUAUGUUCUACUUACCAAAGAAAUCUGUGAUUUCAGAUCAUCUUACAACAAAUCAGCCAUACUUGAUUGCAUUUGUUAUAGAAAGAGAGACAGAAAACCAGAAAGGACAAAAUUUCAUGAAGGAAAGAAAUAUUAAAUAAUUAUUAGAGUAGCAGUAGCAUUUGAUAUUCCUAUAAAUGCUUCUGUAUAAAGUUAGACUUGAGAAAACUGCACUUAGCAUCCACUUGCUCCUGUCCAUUUAUUUGAUUCAGCUGCAUCAUCUUUGAAGAAGAAGAAAUGUGGUCACAGCACAUACUUAAAAAUACAUAAUUUACUUUUUUUAAGUUUUAAAAAAAAUUGAUUAAGGUUUUAGCUGCAGUACUCAUCAAAAUAAGAGGUUUACAAAGUUAAUAUUUAAAGAAGUAAUUACUAUAGUCCAAAUUACUUAAUAGAUUGACUCUUACCUAGAAUAUUUUGCAAAGUGUAAUUGAUCUGCUGAAUAAUAACACAAUUAUGUCCGCAUACCCAAGCUUCACAAUACACAAGGUCAUACUUAAAUUAUGAAAAAUUAACUGGAAACUAUUUCUUCAAUUAUUUCAAAUAAAUCUGUUGUGCAAUAGUAAUGCUAUUACACAGCCGCCCCUUUCCUCAGCUUCUUUAAUAACUUAUUGGGCCUUACUAAAUUAGCUCAACACAGUGUUGCCCUCUUAUGAGAACUUUUUCCCAGCAUCCCCUUCUCAUAGUGUCCCUUUACAUUUGGCAGAGAUAAGCAGGUGCAGCCCUAAAGUGGCCCUUUUGCAACUGGCUGCUGCUAGCUAUAUCUUCCUCCCCUGCUGGUGAGGCUUCUUUAUUCCUGUUACGCAUGCACCCAGUGUUCCAUAUGUGACUCCUGAGCAGAACUGACACUUAUUCCCGUUCACUGCUAGGAUUUGUUUUGUACUAGCAUGGUGCUUUGCACUCUGCGCACCAAACACAUAAAAGACAGUGCCUGCUCUGAUAAAUUUAUAGCAUAAGGACUGAUUCUGACAAACACUAUGGUGCGCAUGCCCUUUGAACUGAAUUUGCAGGGUCCAGCCCUAAAAGGGAGGUUCUUGUCUAUCUUUCUUCAGAGGUAACUAGAAAAUGCUCAUGGCGUGAGUUCACCAUCAGUAAAAGAAAAUCUUCAGUUGCUCCUCAUCCAGCACUUAGAGGUCCUGUGCCCCAUUUUUGCCAUUAUAGUGAGUAACAUAUUUGUAACUCCUAUACUUUUUAUCUUCCAUCAAGUGUAACCCACUGGUCAGUGUGUUAUAUGUACCCCUCUGUGCCUGACCAAGAGAGAAAGUAUGCCUCUUAACAACUUUCAGUUAGAGGAGCUUGCUUUUUAGCUCACGCUGUAGUAGAGACUCAUACUUUUAACUUUGGAGGUCUCCAGUUUGAUCCCUAGUGUUAGCCAAGUUGGUGGCCAAUUAUACAAAUACCAUCUUUUACUUUUUAAAACCUGUUUUUGUAUUGUUUUGGCACUCUCUGAUCAUGGCACAGCGACUGGCUAGAUCAGCCCAUCAUUUCUCCUCCUUAUGCCCCAGCUCUUGCUUUUAGAUGCAUGUUUGCAGUAUUGAGGAAAUUGUGCUGUAAUUGUAGAACACAAAACAGUGAUCGAAGAUCAUCACUCCUGCUCAUUCUUCAUUGGAAGCCCCAAUUUAAAAAAGCACUAAAUGCGCACACAUGCAAAAUACAUUCCUAGUCACCAGAAGAAACAUACGUUAGAGGAAGUAGUAUUGUUUACAUUUUUCGAAUGUGCAGUGAUUGCUGCUAAUAAAAAAAAAAAUUUAAAAAGCAAAAACCCUUACGGAAAUAUUUUACCUUGCUCACAAUAGAGGAGGUGUAUAAUCCAUAAUAGACUUUUGAUCAUACUUUACAUUGAUUCUAUUUAUUAAUGGUUUAUAAGUGAUUGCUAGAUGUUGUAAGUAUGUUACAGACACGAGUUGCACGUGUGAUAGUAAUAAGCAUAUCCAGUAGAAAGGUGUUGUAGAUGGUCAUAAGCAGCUUAGGGUAUGUCUGCACUGUGAUUUAAAAAUGCCACUGGGUCUCAGAUCCUAGGUCAGCGGGCUCAGGCUGUGUGGCUUAAAAAUAGCAUCGCAGAUGUUCAGGCUUGGGCAGGGUCUCAGAGCCCGAGCUCUAGCCCAAGCCUGAACGGCCACACUGCAUUUUAUAGACCAAGGCCAGCAGUGGUGCAGGUCUUUGAUUGUAUCCCUGUUGACAUGUUGGACUCUAUAACAAUUGAUUAACCAUUUAUUACAAAUCUAUUAAUUUAUUAAGCUUUUUAAGAUUAUUUAUAAAUGCAUCGAUUAUAUGAAGUGUGAGCAACCUUCCUUUAGCAAUUUGCUCUUUUUAAAUUCAAACAUAAUGUACAAAAGGGUUCUGGGGGAGGAAAGAUGCUCCAUUUGGAAUUUUGUAUGUUGCUCAUUUAUUAAGAACUUUAAAGAGGCCCUCAGAUGAAGGCCGAGAGUUCGCUUAAAUCCAAAAAGUUCUAGGAUAUGAGCAGUGUUUCAUGAUGCAAGAAACGUCAAAGGCAUGGCUUGCAUGGUGUGAUUCCAAUCACUUACUUAGGCACGCUGACUGAUUGCAGAUCAGUGCAGACUGCUGUAACAAUCACAGCCUUUGUCCUUCUGUGAUCUGCGGGCACAUCCUGGUUUGUUUUAUUUUUAUUGUGGUGAAUGUGUUGAUAUGAAACAAUGCACAACUGGCAGAAUAUUGCUCUUUAAGGUCCUCAUCUUGGAACUAGUUACACAUGUACUUCACUUUAUGCAUGUGAAUAAUCUCCCUCACCCCAAUGAGACCGCUCAUCCGCAAGGAAACACGUUUAUCAGUGUGCAGGAUUGGGCCUAACCUUUCAGCCAAAUUUGGUCCCCUUUAGGGCAAAAUGCUGUUCAUCUUCCUUAGACAGAACUUCCAAUGACAUCAAGGAGGAUUUUUCUGGAGGAGCCACAGACAGAAAUUUGUCCCAUCAGCCAGAUCCAAGGGCCAGCAAAGUUAAUGGAAAAAAUCCCACUAAUUUCAAUGGGCUCUAGAUCAGGCCCUUUGUGCACACAAAAUAAUAGAAACAAAGCGACUAAAGAAGCAAUGUCUUCAUAACCUCGGGAAUGUUUCGUGCAUCAUUAGAUAUCCAUAUCCAAAUGGAAAUCGCAGUAAUUUGAAAAAGACCAAGAUCCAGAGAAGCUAAAUCCCUGACCCUGACUGUAAGUGGCUUUUCAGCUUAAUCCAUUUUAACUCUUUCAAUAUACUGCAAGUAUUUUUGUUUGAAGCUAUGGCAACUUCCAUAGAAUAUCACCAAAUAGUAUACGGCAUAGAAUUCCAAUUACUUCAGUAACCUACACUACUUUAAAUUUCUAGGCACAUUAAUUUCCUGUGUAUAUGAUUAAAACAAGAAUAGUAUAUUGUUAAAAAAGGGUAUCUGUAAGUGUGUUCUGUUUGUAGAUUUAAGACUGUAUUAUGUUGGAUUUUUACAAGCCAAGUUUAAAUUGUAAUAUAGAUAUUAUUUUUAUAUUAUUUUCAAAAUAUGCUACAGAGCAAUAUUUUGCGCCUUUAUUAGAAACAGGGUUGUCCUUUUAGUAGGUUAACUUUGGAAAUGUUGGUAGAAAUUAACCAUGAAAAGAAAGCUUUGUAAACAUUCUCGUAAAUUCUGAAUGCUCUUUGUUGUUCACUCCAAUGUCUAUUGAAAGUUGGAAUAUAUGAAUGUUUUUUAUUGAAAGGCUUUACAUUUUUGUUUAUAUAUUUUGGUACAGUACUUCCCUCUCCCUGCUCAACCUCUCCAGUGAACACCCUUUUUUAUUAGCAACUUCGGAUUCAUUAAUUCAUCCAAAAGGUUUUCUUACCUGAAUAAAGAAAGAAGUCCCUACACAGAAUGUGGUUGCGAUUCAUAACAGUUUGAAUCCAUUUCAGUCGAUUUAUUUGUUUUUUUUUAAAUAUGUUUAUGGAAUUGUUAUUCCUACCAAAAUGGAGAGUGACAAUGAGACAUUGGUGUAAUAAUUUAAUACCUGUAGAUUGUAAAUCCCUCUAAAUUGUGGAAAUGUCAACUUCUAACUGGUAAAUGCAUUUUAUCCUACUGUAUAUCUCUGCCCAGCAUGCCUACACGUACACUCAUAUUUGCAUAUCAGCUUCUUGCAGAUUACAUCAUUCAAAUUCUAUUUCAUAGUACUUUCCACUGUACAUAUCAAUAUCUGAUGAACUGUGCAAAAAAAAAGACUGCUACUAAUGCAUAUGUAAGUCACAAACCAACGGGUACCAUUUUUCAGGAAGUGUUGGGUAUUUUUAAAAGAACAACUAAUGAUUGUAUUGCAAUCAAAAUUUUCAAAUCUGGGUGCCUGAAAUUAGGACCCUAAAUCCAUAUUUGGUCUAAUAAAUGAGUUGCCUGGUUUUAAGAGGUGCUGAACAUUGACUUCGUUGGGAAUUUCUGUUGCUUGAUGACUUCAGAAAAUCAAGCCAGUCGUUUAGGUGCCUAUAGGUGAUCUUUUUUGCCUGUGUGUAUUCAGGUUUUUUUAUUAUUAUUAUUUUAUUGCUCUCUCUUUUUUGACUCAAUGAAAACUAUGUGACCUUUAGUGAUUUUCAUUUUCUGUGUCAGUAAUUAUGAUGAUUUAUAAAGUGAUCACUUGGGUAUGGAGAACCCUGCCUUGGUGUACCAAAAUACAGUAUAAUUGUCCAUUUAAUAACAACCUACUUCUUAGUGAGGCUAGGAUUCCUCAGACGUUAGGGGAAGUGUAUCUGUCUUUAUUUUUCUUUGCAAAGCCUGACCACAAUAAUUGGCUUCUCUUAGGUGAAUAUGCUGUUUUGACCCAUCUCUUUUACCUCCUAUUAACUGAAUGCAUGUACUGUACCAAGGAAAUCUAAAUGGCUGAUGCACAUUUGCACUGUGGAACACACAGCGUGGGUAAAAGCCACUAUGUUCCAAACAGCCUUAAAGUUAGGACUCUCUGGGGACUGAGAGUCAUUUAACUGGAUGCAGCCUGUGUCCCCACCUCCUCACUUACCCAUGACUGUAAAUUGCUCUAGUCUGCUGUAGCCUGCAUAAUUAUGUGGUGCUGUAAAACUGUCUGCUCUGUAGGUUCAUUUAAAUCAUAGGUAGGGUUGGUUUGGGUUUUUUGGAAUAAAAAUGGAAUUGAAAGUUUCAAUUCUUUGAUAACUGCCAGUGUGCUGGGAAAUCUGAAUGACAAGGAGGGAAAAGAGAGAAAAAGUAAUUGGGUAGGAAAAUGGUGGGUAACAUAGUAACUAUGGCAACAAAAUGUUUAGUGGAGUACAAAGUUCUGGAUAUCAAAAAUCAUUGUCUGCCUAGGCUUGUGGAUCAUCCCGCGUAAACUCAGAGAACAGAAGCAUGUUGCUUUGCCAUUCAUCUCUUCAAUUGUCCAGACUUGUUCAUUGACAAGGCUUAUUCAUUGUUUUUCCGCUUUUGUGCAGAGGACUUUAUUUGUAACAUUGCCUGAAGUUACAAAGGCAUGGUAAAAUGUCAAAACUAAGUCAGUGCCUAAUAUUGCUCCAUUUAUUAAUUAUAAUUGGCUUUCUUUUGACUCUUUUCAUGCUUUUCAUUAGAGUGAAAUGCAGCUUGAAAACUGGUGACCCCAUUCUCCUCUUUCUUAUGCAUCAGUUUUACAUCAGUGCAAUGGCAAAGUGGUGCCAGAUUUGCAUAGCUGUAACUGAGGAGAAGACCCUGCAUGGGCUCUCAUAUAGAGGUGUUACUGCUUUGUCACAGAACCAAAUCAGAAAGUGGCAUGGGCCAAAUUUUGCCCAAGUGAAGUGGUAGUUUGCCAUGAGCCUGGGACCUGUGCCUCCGCCAUUGUCGUCUUUUAAUAUGGGCACUGGGCUCUUCUGUCCCUGUGAACGGCAUCUCUGUAUCACAGACCAUGGUAGUGGAACGAGGCCUUGUAGAACUCUGUUCGCUUGCACUUUGGCCAGCUUGGCUUAUGUCAUUCAAAAUAGGCUUUUCCCAAUUUUUAUUAAAAUAUGCAGGAGAUCCAGUAGCAAAAUAUAACAUCAGACCCGCACGGUCUGAGGUAGCGUCCUUACGCCACUUUUAGCCUAUAUUAAAAUGUUGCCAUCUGAGAUGAACAGAACAACAGUUAUGCAGGGACAGUAAAGAAGCUGUUGGUUCUCAGCAUUGCAAAUUGUACAUGUUUAUGCUCUAAUAUCAAGAGAAAUGUACAGAGGGUUUUUGAUAG